CCUUCCCGGCUUCGUCCUCCGCACGUCGGUCAAGGCACUCUGCUCUUCAUCUUCUCUCCUCGCCGUUGACGAAAGCAACACAGUAGAUGAGACUUUGACAUCUCCGCCAUCCUCCUCCUCCCGCCCUCUUAAGAUGUUACGUACGCUUCAACCCACCAACCUCACCUUGCCGCCCGUUCACGUCUCCUCCUCCUCAUGGCUCGCUUCAACCACCACGUCCUCGUCCUCGUCCUCGUCGCCGUCGCGGCGUCUCUUGUCGCCGCAGAGGCGUCCGGCGUCGGGUUCAACCUCCACCACAGGUCUUCCGAGGUGGUGCGGCGGUGGGCCGAGGCGCGGGGACACCCCCUCGGCGCGCCGCGGCCAGCUCACGGCUCGCCGGGGUACUACUCCGCGCUGACCCACCACGACCGCGCCCUCCUCGCCCGCCGCGGCCUCGCAGGAGCAGACGGUCUCCUCACCUUCGCUGAUGGCAACGACACCUACCGCUUCGCCAGCCUCGGAUUCUUGUACUAUGCGGAGCUGUCGGUGGGCACGCCGAACGCGACGUUCCUGGUGGCGCUGGACACCGGCAGCGACCUCUUCUGGGUACCCUGCGACUGCCUGCAGUGCGCGCCCAUCGCCAACGCCACGGGACAGGGGCAGGGCGGCCCCAACCUCCGGCCGUACAGCCCGAGGUUGUCGUCGACGAGCAAGGCGGUGACGUGCAACCACGCGCUCUGCGACCGGCCCAACGCCUGCGGCGCCGCGGGCAACGGCAGCUGCCCCUACGUUGUCAGGUACGUGUCCGCCAACACCUCCUCCUCCGGGGUGCUCGUCCAGGACGUGCUCCACCUCACCAGGGAGGGUCCGGGCGCCGAGGCCGUGCAGGCCCCCAUCGUGUUCGGGUGUGGGCAGGUGCAGACGGGCGCAUUCCUGGACGGCCCCGCGGCGGACGGCCUGCUGGGCCUCGGCAUGGAGAAGGUGUCCGUGCCGAGCGUGCUCGCCAGCAGCGGCCUCGUCGCGUCCGACAGCUUCUCCAUGUGCUUCAGCCCCGACGGCGUCGGCCGGAUCAACUUCGGCGACGCCGGCAGCAGGGACCAGGCCGAGACGCCCUUCAUUGUCAGCAACACACACCCGACGUACAACGUCAGCUUCACGUCGAUCAACGCCGGGAGCAAGUCCGUGCAGGUGGAGUUCGCCGCCGUCAUGGACUCCGGCACGUCCUUCACGUACCUCAACGACCCGGAGUACACAGAGCUCGCCACCAAUGUCAACUCGCAGAUUCGCGAGAGAAGAGCCAAUUUCAGUGACUCUGCAGGCUCUAUUCCAUUCGAGUAUUGCUAUGAACUGAGCCCAAGCCAAACAGAGGUGCUCCGGCCGGAAGUGAGCCUGAUGACCAAAGGGGGAGCCCUGUUCCCGGUCACCCGUCCCUUCCUCGUCUUGGCCGACGAGAUCAACGGAGAGUUUCGUCCUGUCGGUUACUGCCUGGCGAUCCUGAAGAACGACAUCAGCAUCAACAUCAUUGGGCAGAACUUCAUGACGGGGCUCAAAGUCGUGUUCGACCGGCAGAGAUCCGUCCUGGGCUGGCAGAAGUUCGACUGUUACAAGAGCGCGCGAGCGGCAGACACCCCGGACGGGAGCCCCAACGCCGCUGCAGGGCCGACGACGCUCACGCCGCAGCAGAACGGUGGAAACAACAGGUACCCCGGCGCGGCGCCCCUGCCGCGGUCCGCCGGCUCGCGCCACGGCGCCCGCGCGCUCGGAGGCCUCUCCCUGCUGCUUCCUCUGCUGGCCGCGGCCCUUGUCUGAUGACUGAUAGUUUGUUCCCGGCUGCUCCAGUUGCGUGCAGGCAUACUCGAUUUUGGUUCAGAGUUCAGGUGCAUAGAUCAUUGUAGAAUAGGAUAAUUUUGCUGAUUUGAUGUGUUUUUACAACACGAGACUAUUUGGUGAUGAGGUGCAUUUCGUGAUCAUAUACAAAUAAACGUACAGUUGAUUCUUCU